AUGGACCGUUUCCGCCUCAUCUUGCAAUACUUCCAGUCCAACUCGGAGUCUGUGACGAAUGGGAUCUGCGGGCUGCUAGCCCUGGCUGGCGUAAAGAUGUACGCUAGCUUCGACUUCAGCUGCCCCUGCCUGCCGCGGUACAACGAGGCGUACGGCCUGGGGGUCCUGCUGGUGCCCCCCGUCGCCCUCCUGCUCUGCGGCCUCCUGCUCACCCGGCAGCCCGCGGCGCUGCUGCAGGAGUGGAGGCGGCCGCGGGGGCGCAGGAGGAAGGACCCGGCCGUUAUCAGGUAUAUGUGCUCCUCCAUCCUGCAGCGAGCCAUGAUUGCCCCCAUCGUCUGGAUCAUAGCCACCCUCCUGGAUGGGAAAUGCUUUAUCUGUGCUUUCAGCGGCUCUGUGGAUCCAGAGAAGUUUGCGGGCUUUGCCAACGCCACCCCGGCACAAGUGCAGCAGCUGCUCGCCAAGGUGCCCUGCAAAGAUGACGAGCUCAUGAGGAACAGCACAACCCGAAAGGCAGUGUCAAGGUAUCUGCGGUGCUGGUCCCAGGCACUUGGCUGGAGCAUUUUGUUGAUCUUGAUUGUAGCAGCUUUCCUUGCCCAUUGGCUGAGACCUUGCUUCAGCCCAGCCACCCUCCUACAGACACGUUACUGGAGCAACUACAUUGACAUCGAGCAGAAGAUUUUUGAGGAAACCUGCUGCGAGCACAGCCGGCACUUUGCUCACCAAUGCAUCCUCCACUUCUUUGAAAGCAUGCGGAAAGAGAUCAAAUUGCACAGUUUCAACUUGCACAGGGAGGAGCAGGAGGCCAAAGGAGAGGAAGACCUUCUCCAGGGCAUCACAAACCAGGAUCAGGUGAAUGAGCUUCUGCAAACAUGGUACUAUGAGAAACCGCCCUUGGAUGUGAGCCAGGUGACCCAGCGGCAUCCUCUGGGCAGAGAGCGAUUGCUGGUGCCCUGGGCUGAUGGCCCCAGCAGCCGGCCCCAACCCUCCCAGCUCACUGACGUGUAG